CGCGUUUAUAUAAAUGCCACUUAAUUCUGUUUUGUUUGGGAUGUUAAAGUAAAACGGGCUUGGACAUAUAAAAUGCAGUAUUUCUCCGGUCAGAAUUCAGAAUAGAAUUACGGAGCAAUGGGGAAACGUGAUAGAAAUAAAUUUCGUCAACUGAUAACAUGGAUUCUUAUCAGUACUCAGAUCUACAAUUCGUGUGGUGCAUAUGUCAAUGAGAUUUGGCCACGCGUCGGCAGCUUGGCCGGAGAAACUCGGUUAACAAUUUACGGUAACGCGUUCUCUGAGGACCAGUUCAAUGAAGGCAAUGAGGUGUACCUGGUCGGGGCAUCCGGCACGGAAUUCACAUGUGGGGUCCACAAGGAUGGAACCACUGAAAUGCAGAUCAUGUGUUAUACGCCAAGUGGCAUGCAGGAAGAGAACUACUAUGUGAAAGUUGUUGUGGACGGACAGGCGGUUCCGGACGGUGCCCUGUGCGGGGGUAACCCUACCAGCUCUAGUUGUACAUACAAGCCGCGACCCAAUGAAACACCGACCAUCUCAGAACUUUCACCACAGUCUGGAAUGCCGGGGACCUUUGUCAACAUGAAAGGGAAGCUGUUUAGUGAUCGUUACGGCAGUAACUUGGCCAGCGCAACAAAUGGUCGCGAGGAAAGACUACUCCGUGUCUAUGUUGGGCCACAGGAUUGUGGACUACGAGAAAAAGAUGCAUUCUUUGGGCUUGCACUGAAUGAUGAGGGCACUGACUAUGGCACCCUCACCUGUAAACACAAGGGCACCUCCGUUGGCUUUUACAACGCAAGUUUUAUCGUGGAGGCCCCCUAUGGAAGGUCCCUCCCUGAUUCCGAUGUAUACAGGGUCGCCUAUAAUGACCAGAUCUACAUGUACCAGUCCUACUCCGAGCUCACAUCCAUAAGUCACACAUCUGGCAGCACAGCUGGUGGACUUCUCCUCACAAUAUACGGCAGUUAUAUUGAUGAGAAUGAUCCAUAUUCUAAGCUGAGGGCUUAUGUUGAUGAUACCGUUUGUGAAAUAACCAAUGUUGUCGUGGAUGAAUAUGUGGAAUGUAUCAUCGCUGCUGAGCCUGAUAGCCAUGGACCCAGUUACCACGGUAACCGAGGUGUCAUCUAUGAGUAUUGGAAUGAAACUUCUAAAGGAUCAGGUGACCUUGACUCCAUCUUGGACAUGACAAGCUCUGACCCGAAUUAUGUUUCUGAUUGGCUGGAUGAGACUAGCUACUACGACUCUGAUUCAAUGGACAACUACGCAAGCAGGAUGACCACAUACUUUACCCCACCCCACAAUGGGGAAUACUCGUUUGGUCUGAAUGCUGAUGAUGGUGCAAGAUUGUUUGUAGAUGGGGUUGCCAUGGUAACGAGUACCAGGUCAAUGCAGUGGUCUCCAAGAAUGAACCUUACUGCAGGGAACAGGUAUUUACUGCAAGUCACCCACUAUGAGAAUGGGGGUGACUCGUUCAUCUACCUACAGGCGUAUCAUUUCGACACGAAGUUUUCGACACAGUGGACAGGCAGGGCUGUACAGGAAGAACAGACCCUUGAGAUCCUUUCUGAUAUCACCUACGAUGUCCAGCGCCUGGACUUCUUUGAGUUUACUAGCAAGACAGCAAGUCAGGAAGAGCAGACUGUGAAAAUCAACAAUGCCGAACAGUUUAGACUUGGGUUGUAUGGAGUAUAUACAGAACAACUUGACAUUGGAAUGGAUGACACACUGGUUACUGCAGCAAUGAAUGCCCUUCCAAUCCUGGUGUCUGGGGAAUCCAUCCUCGUUACCAGGCAAGAAACCGGGACGCCCACAUAUAAAGUCACUUUCCAGUCUAACAGAGGUGAUUUCCCGGACUUAUCUGUUAUGGGCCCCAAUGGGACAGAGAUUGACUAUGAUGUGUCAGAGGACACCAAAGGUCGGCCAGAUGUUGACACAGUGGCCUUAACCUUGGAGGGAACAGUCAGUCAGCCCUUCUCUGUGUCAAGUGUCAGUCAGUCACAGCUCAAUACUAUUGUCAAUGGGAUGUUUGAAGCCCAGUGUCCUGAAGUGUUUGAGGGGAAAGGAAAAGCCAAGAUUUACGAGAACUUUGAAGCGUCGUCUGGGCUGUGGUCAGGAUACCGGGUAAAGGACUCAGAGCCAUUCUGUGGACGAUAUGCGCUGAAAUACCCAAACAGAAUCUACCAAGCAGCAGAGGAGGAUUUUGGCAUAAUGUUGGCACAACAUGGAGUGCUGUGUUUUGCCUACAAGGGUUUUCUGAAGUCAUUUAUCGGUGUCAAAAUCACUGUAACACAGGCAUCUGAUGGUGAGACUGCCGAAAAAACUAUCUACUUCUCGUAUGAAUUCAAGACCGACUCAAGUACAGAGUCAAACACAUGGUACUAUACAUGUUACGAUAUUUACGAUGGCGUUAUGGACCGGUACCCUGCGGAUACCAUGCACAUACUUCGCCAGGUGUUCGUAAGCAGCGUGAACUCUGUAAAGCCAGGAUAUGUUGAUGCUGUAUUCAUUGGCACUGAAAACACAUUGGAAGAUAGUGAGGCCUACCUGAGAAGGUCGCCACCGGCGAUGCCAAACAGAGCAAUAAUAAAUGAAGUCACUGUGGCCGCUGUCACGGAAACGCAGUAUGAUGUCACAAUAAAGCCUUACGAAUGCGGCAAUGAGUUUCCACUGUUUGCGGUGGCCAAUGCUGGGGUAACCUCUGGUUCAGUCACAUACCCCAGUGACUCCGUGACCUUGAAAUUGUCCAACAGUGGAGGAUCAGGUGUUGUCAAAGUUACAAGGUCCUCCCAUGCUUCGCCCCCGGUUACGGGGGAAGUUGACAUCACCUUCAAUGGAGAAUCAAGGACAGGCCUAAAUAUUUCCCUUGAAGAUUACCAAUUCAAGCGUGAACUUGAAUCUCUUAAUGGCAUUGGAUCGUUGUCUGUGAAGAAAGUGGGAACUUGUGCGGCGUUUGACCUUGAAGUCACCUUUUUAACCCUGCCCGGUGAUUUACCCGAAAUGACUGUCACCUAUGGAAACCUUGAAGGCGUAAAGGCUAGGGGCAGCAUCAGAACAGACAUAGAUGGAGGGUUAUAUUAUGGGCCUCUAACUGGCGAUAUGGUUUCCACCGUCCAUGAUAGUCCUCAGGUUCGUCUGUACGUCAAUGAUGUGCCGACAUUCUGUGCCGGGGAUUGUUCGUUUACCUGGGAGACAGCUGAUACACCUACAGUCACUGGCGUAAAUCCCACGUUAGGAACUCUAGCGCAAGGCACAUCCAUAGUUAUCAGUGGUACUGGAUUCAGUUCAACUGAAGGCAAUAACAGGGUUAUUAUUGGAGAUGUGGAGUGCUCCGUUACCGCAGCAACUAGCACCAGUAUCACUUGUGACGUGGGUAAUGGGCCAGUCGGAGUGCAUGUGGUAUUGGUCAAUGUCCUUGGAAGUGGCCUGUCUACAGGAACAGUGGAAUUCACAUACAUAGCUGAUAUUACAAGCAUUUCACCCACUUCUGCAAGCUUAGGGGGUGGUAUAACCUUGACCAUAAGUGGUUAUGGGUUCAGCUCUGCGCCCGGGGUCACAGUCAACUCCGCCCCAUGUCCUCUUUUGUCUUCCGCUCCAGGGGAGAUAACCUGUAUUCUUCCUGGAUCUAUGUCAGCAGGCAGCUUUGAUGUGGUUGUGAGUCAGGAUGAUGAGACCUUGACCUCCAGCUUCAGCUACGACCUGACAUUGACCCCAGAGGUCACCAGCAUUACGCCAGAUACAUUCACUGGAUUAAGUGUGACAUUGACGAUAGCAGGUUCAAAGUUUGGUAUUAACCCUGGAACAGUUUACCUUGGUGACAACGAGGCCACAGUGACGUCGUGGGCUGACAAUGUUGUAGAGGUGGAAUUGGAAAUCACUAAGGCCGGGGAUCUUGACGUUAAAGUCAUGACAACAGAUGGGCUUGCUGUCGACAGUUCAUACGAAAUUCCAUCAGUUACCAGUGGUUUAAAGGUGACCAACAUGUUUCCCUCCCAGGGAUCAAGACAAGGCGGGUCAAUACUGACCAUUACGGGAGUCGGGUUCGGAACUAAUGAAUCACUAGUGGAUGUGAACUUUGGGGAUAUUGACUGUGAAGUUGACACUGUGACUGACACACAGAUUGUGUGUGAGACUUCUACUGCAACUAAGACCCACAUUGUCACUAAUAAGGGUACAGACCCUGCCUUUGGAGUCUUUUAUGCCUUUGAUCGGCCAUACUUGAUAGUACAAGAAGGGGAUUUUGUUCACUGGUUCUGGGAGACGCCAGAAUUUGUUAACAACAUUGCACACGAUGUCUUUGAAGUGGACAGUCCAAGCUCAAAUGAACCGAAAGUGGGCGGAUUUAGCAGUGGUAACCCAUCAAGAAAUGGUGAUUUCAAGUACCAGUUUCCCUCUGCUGGGAUCUACUAUGUUUCCAGCGGCUUUGUUGAUGAGUAUGGUAUUAAGAUAUAUGGAGGAACGAUUGCAGUUAUGCCAGCUUCUGGAAAGUUUAGAGAACUCAGUGUUUCACUAGCUGGUGUGGAGGCAUUGCAUGAAGUUGGUGGUGCUGCCGACCCUGAUGAUUCCAGUGUAUGCAACUCAGUGACGUCUCCCAAAGCAGGCUGUUUUCCCUUUCCCUCAAUAGGAUUGGACUCUUCCAAGUUUAAUUUUGCCUUCGAUCCAUGUAGCACACCGAUUGUGAAUGAGGUCAGCGUAAAUAAUGGUACAGUCCAAACGGAAAUCACCAUUUCUGGAGAGGGUUUCUCAUCAACAUCUUGCCAGAAUGACGUCAUAUUUGGUGGAUACGCUUGUGACGUGACAUAUUCUACAAGCAGCCAAAUAAAAUGCACUCUUUCUAAAGAUAGGGAACCAGAGCUGGCCGUUUUCCAUCAAAUAGAUUUAAAAGUGUCCAACCGAGGAAAGUCUUUGACCACCAUAAUGUCUGAGGUAGAGCGAGGAUUUGCUUUGUUGCCAAACAUAGAAGGCAUCUCACCAAGUUCCGGUUCCCAAGCAGGGGGAGCGCAGAUCACUAUCACGGGGUCAGGAUUUACCAGCGAGCCUUACGUUGACAUAGGUGGCUACUCUUGCGAAGUAUUAGAGUUUUCGUAUUCUGAAGUUGUAUGCAGAACACCUGCGUCUUCACUUCAGACCCAGAAAGAAUUAACUGUUGAAGUGAAUGUCAACGGUGUCUUCAUACCUGCCAAGUGUGAAACUUCUGAUAAGGUAUGUGUGUAUUCCUAUGCUAGACUGUGGACACCAACUGCAGACUCAAUCAGCCCUAUUUCAAUGUCCACUACAACUACGUUUACAAUCACUGGAACCAAGUUUGGCACCAAUAUUGGAGGUAUUGAAGUUCUUAUCGGUGGGGAAACUGCCUCUGUUGAUACUGCAACUGACACAAGCAUUACUGCCACAAUCAGCAAUAUCCCUGCUGGAAGUAAUGAUGUCAUUGUUCGAGUUGGAAGCAAUGGUCAGGCAGAAGGAAGCUUGGCUGUCACAGGUGACCCAGUUAUAAACAGUAUCACUCCAACUGCAGGAAGUAUUCAUGGUCAAACCGAAAUCACAAUUGCUGGCAAUGGUUUUGUAGAUGGGGACACUAAUGUAACUAUUAAUGGGUCUCCAUGCUUAAUCGCCUCAGUUACUCUGUCUGAAGUAGUUUGCAUUACACCUAAUGGCGGUGCUGCUGGGUCUGAGUCUGUAGAUAUAACCUCCAAUGGAGAGAGCUUUCCAUCAUCAACAUUUGAAUAUGCAACAGCCUCUACACCUACUGUUACCGCAAUUGACCCAGUAAGUGGACUUGGAGGAGAAACCUUAACAAUUACUGGCACAAAUCUUGCUGGAGAUAACGUUUAUGUGACACUAGGAGACGCAGAAUGUACCGUUGCUUCCAGCACUUCCACAGAGAUCAUUUGCACAGCUGGGGACCAUCAAACUGGUGACGUUCCAGUUUCCGUAUUUGUGGAAAACCUUGGAGCCUCGAAUACUGACGUUAUGUUUGAAUAUCAGCUGUCACUGGACUCCAUCUUACCAACAACAGGUGGCAUUGCCGGCGGUCAGUUUCUGGUAUUGUCCGGUACUGGGUUCACCGAAGAUGCCGUUGUGACAUUAUGCGGACAGGAAUGUCAACAUGUCUCCUCUAAUACAUCGCAGUACACUUGCAGGACACCUGCAAACUCAGCUCAGAUAUGUGAUGUCUCGAUAGCUGUAAAUGGCCUUAGCAAGACGCUCUCCAAUGAGUACACAUACGACGCCUCUCUGACCCCAAGUGUGUCCGGUGUAACACCUAGGCGUGGAGGCACAGGUGGAGGCACCACCAUUACAAUCACUGGAUCCGGAUUCGGCACAACCCAGGGAGACAUCAGUGUGAUUAUUGAUGGGGCAGAAUGUGAAGUUACGGCAGUUGUUGACAAUGCCAUUGAGUGUGACACAGGGUCGCAUAGCGGGUCUGUGGACGCAUCUGUGGAAGUGCAAGUCUCGGGCAACGGCAUAGCACAGGAAACCGCAUCGGGAGAUGCUGAUUUCAGUUAUAUCGACGUCUGGUCGUCUACAUUCACAUGGGGAGGAGGUCCGCUUCCCGAGGCCGGAGACAUGGUCGUUGUGCCCACGGGGAUGACAUUGCUGUUAGACAUGGACACGCCCAUUUUGGCCUUCCUGCUUAUACAAGGCGGAAAAUUGAUAUUCGACGAUAAAGACGUUGAGUUGCAAUCCAAAAUCAUCAUGAUCACCGACGGGGGACUUUUACAAGUCGGCACAGUAGACGAACCUUUCCAGGACAAAGCAAUAAUUACCCUCCAUGGUCACCAUAGAGACAAGGAAUUACCGAUUUACGGCACUAAGGUCCUUGCCGUCAGGAAUGGCUCACUGGAACUGCAUGGUAUUGGGGUACCUCUUACAUGGACCAGACUCGAAUCAACGUCGAACGCAGGUGACAACACACUCACACUUGUAGAUCCAGUAGAAUGGAGUAUUGGUGAUGAAAUAGUUAUUGCCUCCACUGGACAUCGUCACACUCAGAGUGAAAACGAGAAGAAAACAAUUCAGAGUAUUUCCUCUGAUAAGCGAACUUUGACGUUGAAUGAACCUUUGGAGGCAGUGCAUGUUGGAACUGAGGAGACAUUUGAUGGCACCCUGGUCGAGUUUCGCGCUGAAGUCGGAUUGUUGACUCAUAAUGUUGUUGUUAGGGGAAACACUGACCCACAAUGGGAAGAUGUAAUAGACGCUUGCGAACAAGGAUUUGAUACUGGUGAAUUUGCAACACAGACAUGUUUCCUGGGACGAUUUGGUGAUGAGAUUGGCAGCAGCCAAUUCGGAGGGAUGGUUCUUGUACAUGCCCCUGUUAAAGACACGCACGAAGCUGAAGCUCGCUUCUCUUAUGUGGAGUUCACAUUUGUUGGACAGGCUUUCCGUCUUGGAAGAUAUCCUGUUCAUUUUCACCUGAAUGGAGACAUGUCUUCUAGCUAUGUUCGUGGGUGUAGCAUACACAAGUCAUUUAACAGAGCUGUAAACAUCCAUGGCACGCAUAAUACAAUGGUAGAAAGAACCGUUAUCUUUGACAUAAUGGGCGGUGCAUUUUUCCUUGAAGAUGGAAUAGAAACUGGCAAUACAUUUCAAUACAAUCUUGCUGUUUUUGUUCGCGAAAGCUCAAGUUUACUGAAUGACGAUGUUACACCAGCUGCAUUCUGGGUAACAAAUCCUAACAACACUAUCCAACACAAUGCCGCCGCUGGUGGUAGUCAUUUCGGCUUCUGGUACAGAAUGCAUAGUCGUCCAGAUGGUCCUUCUUUUACCAACGAUGUUUGCCCAAAGCAAGUUCCACUAGGUGUGUUCUACAACAAUUCAGCGCAUUCGUUCGGUUGGUUUGGUCUGUGGACAUUCCCAGACUUCUUUCCGGCGCAAGGCGGUUGCGGCGGAAGUGUCGUUGAACCGGCGGUGUUUGAUGGACUUUUCUCAUGGAACAAUGAAAAGGGUGCCGAAACGGUAAAUGGCGGCGCCCUACAGUUGAAAAACUGCAUUCUUGUUCAAAACAAGAUAGCUGGUUAUGAAGGUAAAACUAUAUCAAAUGUUCCGCUGUACACAGACGACAGCCCAAUGGUGAUUGACAGUUUGAUUGUAGGCAAAACAACUGUGAUUCCUAGUAGUGAACAAGGUUGUACAUCUGGAGGUAUAGUGUUUCCUUAUGGUCGUGGCUUCAAAGUUGUUAAUGUUAGAUUUGUCAACUUUGCUGAUGACUGUUCAGCGUUUACAUGGACUAGAAUAACAGGCACUUGUUCCUUCUUAUGCGGCGGUUUCACCUACCAUACCGAAGGCCUGACAUUCAUCAAUGCACAAAACAAAGUCAAUUAUGCAUGGGAAUCGCAAGGAGUUAUACUAGAUCUGGAUGGAUCGGCGACUGGAAAACCAGCCAACUGGACAGUAUUGCCCUCAUCUGGUACCCUGCCUGAUGAUUGCGAGCCUGCCCCAGAAUUCAGCAUUGGUGUUCCUGCGAGCAUGUGCCCCCCACAACACAAAUGGCACAGAUUUGCAUUCAACAAACCAAAACCUGCCUCUCUUGAAGGAAAGAAUUUUGGUUUUGAAAAUCAGUAUGGAAAUAGCUCGGUCAUGUAUGCACAGAAACGACUUACGCAUAAACCUGGAUGGAUGUGUGCACUUCUAGGAGGAGCCUCAUACAAGUUCUAUUUUGUAGACGCAGAGCAAAUCAGAAACAUUAGCUUUGUUGGGCAAUUUUAUGAUUUUGAGGCUAGUGAUUACAUAGUUGUUCGCCUGCCAGUGGAAACGUUGCCAGACCGAUUAUCACUUGACGGAGGUCAAUCCUUCAUCAAUAUGACAGAAGGACUUGAUCCUGCAACAGCCAAGCACGGAGACUGGGAAUGGGACAAUAUCAAUGAUGAAAUCGAUUUUGUCAUUAGUGGCACUCAGCGGAGCAGACGUGGGUUGUCCACGAUUGCAAUGGAUCGACCUCUCAGCUUUACUGCGUACAAGUGCUUCUAUACGGACUGCAUACCACCUCCAGACCCUGACACUGUGCCGCCAGCAGUGUCUAGGCCCCCCGAGUUCGGCUAUUGGGAUGAUGCAACAAUCUGGAACAUGACCGAAGAUGGCUAUUUGAUUAAUAUAGGCGGAUCAUCGGGUAUUCCACAGGACUAUGACAACGUUAAAAUUUCAUUUGGUACGUGGAUGGUUGUCAACAUGACGAGCAUCAGUAAACUAGGAACAUUGCUACUUGAGGGUGUUUUAGAAUUUUACAAUGAUCCCGGAGCUGUAUACAGUAUAGAAGCUGACUUUAUAAUUAUUCGCGGUGGUCGUUUGAUCAUUGGCUGGCCGGACGAACCAUUUAAUGGUCUAGCUACAAUAACACUACGGGGCAACCAUUCUUCACCUUACUUCAUCGCUGGUGAUGGCCCCACGAUAGGUUCUAAAGCCAUUGGUGUAUUCGGAGGCUUGGAUCUCUUCGGAAAGGACAAAGGGCGAACGUGGACCCAGCUCGCUAGCACUGCUGAUGCAGGGUCAGACACUAUUGUCCUUGCAGAACCAGUGGAGUGGGAAGUUGGAGACGACAUUGUUAUCGCACCUACGAGUUAUAAUGCCUGGGAGUCUGAAGGCGUUCGGAUAACAGCAAUUGCUGGAGAUAAUAUGACAUUGACUUUGAACGAUACCCUCAAGUACCGACACGUCGCUCACAAUGAGAUGCUUAACAGUGGUUAUACAAUCGAUGUGGGUGCUGGUGUUGGUUUGUUGUCGCACAACAUUAAGGUCAUCGGCGAGGAUUAUGGUGACCUAUAUGAUGAAUCUUUUGGGGCGCGUGUACUUGUCGGACUUAUCGUCUACAAUGGGCAGGCAUACACGGGAUACGCCCGUUUAGCGAAUGUGGAAUUUUAUCAUACCGGCCAGGAAGGCUGGACAGAGGAAUACGACCCUCGAUUUUCCGUGGCCUAUGUGGCAACAGGAUCAGUGAGCAAUGUUAAACCUUCUAAGAUCAGCAAAUGUUCCUUCCACAAUGGCUUUAAUACAGCUGUUGGUGCAUUUGGUAUUGGCGGGUUAGAAAUUUCAGAAAAUGUCGUGUAUGGGAGUGUUGGAAAUGGUAUGGCAACAAGUUCUGACGGCACGCAGCUUCUACACAAUUUCAUAAAUUUGAUGAUUUCUACGGCAUCCUACCAAGAUCGGAUGGAAAUCUUCAAUAUACGAUGGGAGGCAGGAAUAGAAGCUUUUGAAGCUGACGGCCUUGUACUUCAAGGAAACUUGGUUUCCGGUUCAGAGAGACUGGCAUACCACGUCCCCCCUCUUCCGUGUACUGACAAUUCAGGGCGCUAUUCAAAUAACAUGGCUUAUGCAAAUUUACUUGGUGUUGUUACACUACCUGGUGACAACUUGGGUGGUCAAGGCUGUGUUAAGUACGCCAAUUUUACCGUCUGGAAAAGCCAUGAUUUCGGUAUCUUUUACCAAAAUUCGCCAGAUUUUGUGGCAGAAAAUAACGUUUUUGUUGAGAACCAGAAUGGGUUAUUUCCAAUAGUUCUGGGACCCGGUUCAAGUGGUCAUGGAUUUGCAAACAGGAGGAUGGCAGUAAAUGACAACAUUUUUGUAGGACAAACUACAUCUUACGAUUGCUCACUCGAUACAAAGCCUUCAGGUGAUGACAACUUCGAAAUCUCCGCCAAAUCCCGUCCAAGUCUUGCAUAUGGAGGUGGGAUGGUUGGACUUAUUUUUCCACAAUUUUACUCCGGUGGCAACAAUGCUCCUAUUAAGCCAUUUAAAGGUAUCAUGGCCUACAAUGCGAAUGGUGGAUUGAUGACUGCAUCAGCAAACACAUUUGCGAAGUAUGGAAAUCUUGGAUGUGACGACAUAGGUAAUUUUGCUGUAUCGACAAACAUUGGCAACGACGAUGGACAACAUCCCAUUGAGAUGACACUGACGACAUUGGUUGAUGUUGAGCAUAGCAAUAAAAUAAUGUACCACCGGCCGAAUGUUGGUAAGAUCAACUCAGCUGAUUGCGUGGACAUGGACUGUGAUGCGUUAAAGAAAGCCCUCUUUAAAGAUAUGGACGGAUCGUUCUUAGGUCACGUGGGCUCCGUUAUUCCGCAGUCGGAAUAUGAAUGGGAUGGUGAUCCGAGAAGAGGUCUUGGAGACUAUAGGAUUCCGAAGGAGAUGGUCACCAGACUGGAUGGUUCUAGAAUCCCAUAUGAGCUGAUGAUGCCAAAUAAAGGUGUGAUCCGGAACGAAAAUUGUACAUACCAGUCCAACUGGCAGGCUUACGAAUGCCUGGACGAUAUAGAUCAUGAGUUGCUUCUCAUUGAAAGCAUGGACGCUGACACAGAGACGAGGCGUAUUUCUCCCGUAGCUGUGCUUGGUACAGGCUACAUUGAUUUGAUUAACGGACCCCAGGAUCACGGCUGGUGCAGUGGAUAUACCUGCAGGAAAAGACUUUCUACUUUCAUGGCGCUUGUUGCUACAGAUAAGGAAUUCCUUAUUCACUUUACUGGAACCACGCCAGAAAAGAUGCGAUACAGACUUUUGAACGUUGACCCAGAAGAGGGUGUUAAGCUCACUGUUUGGUAUUCCCGACCGAACAGGCUCGAUGUCUUCGUCGACGGCGUAUACAAAAUUGCUACAAACGCUCGCAUUGACAGCAACGGUCGAUAUAUAACCAGCAUGCCAACAGGAAAUGAAUUUGAGCCGAUGAUUGCCAACGGCACUGGUACGAACUAUUUCCAUAGAGACCGAGGUGAACUGACCUUCAUUGUUCAAGGUCAGCAAAGAAUAGACGUUAUCUCCAGAGACACCAUUAUCGUAUCUUUCUCUCUCCCUGCUUUAACUGUGGACGAGUUCUUUGGUGAUAACAUCAUAGAGAAUGUUGCAGCGUUUUUGAACAUCCCCCUUACUAAGGUUCGAAUCAUGAAUGUUGUGAGUGAAUCGGAAACACGAAAGAAGAGAGACUCUGGCGGUGUCACAGUUGAGCUGGAGAUAGGCGAUGAACCUGUAGCUAGCGAAAAUGAUACUGCUUCCGACAAUAUCGACUUAAAUCAGCUCUAUAACUUCGCUUCUGAGAUUGUCAACGAAUGCCAAGCCGGCAAUAUAUCUGCAUCAUUCAAUGUAUCCGGCUCAUGUGAGUCUGUGUCAGUUCCUUCUGCUGACCCAGAAGAGGGAACUAUUGUUUAUGGUACCCCAUCGCCGACAUAUCUCUAUUUCCACACCGAAUUGUCACCAGAGUAUGAGACUAUGCCAUUGACAGUACAGCCUAAAGUUAGAGCUGCGGAUAUAAGUGACUUAGUUGUUGUUGAGCUUGGAACACGAGAAAAUCCAUGGGAGUUGACAGUCAGUAUACGCCAGGGUACAGGUCAUCCCGACGCUGUCCUGGACGGAACUCUCAACAUCACCAGUGCAGACGGCUGGUUUAACUUCACUGAUCUGGUCAUUUCCCACAUGGGAAAUGAUUACGUUCUCGACUUCAAUGUCACCUACCCACCUGAGGCUGAAAAUUUCACGCUCUCAUCCGAUCCAUUCGAUUUGUCUGGAAGACCUGUUGCAAUUAACAUUGCUUCUAUGACCAGCGGGGACAUUGUUCAGAACGAGCAGCUUGCAAUCACUCUUGAACUCAUAGAUGAGAUGACUGGAGAUGUGAUAUCAGAUAUUUCUUGGAGGGAUCACGCAUGGAGUGCCAAUGUCAGUUUAUUGGGCAAUUCUCUUCACGGCGAUCUCCAGGGUACAACAACGGCGACUUUCGAUCCUAUCACCGGACUAGCCUCCUUCCGCGACCUGAACAUCACAGGGUUUGGAAUGUUCUAUAUGAAAUUCCACGUAACCACAGACCCAGCUGGAUUUGAUCUUACACACUACCAUAAAUUAGUGGUUGUCAACCCUGACCAUAUCGGACUUUUUGUGGACGAAUCGUAUGAUAUGGAGGUUAAAUUCGACGUGGACUUCUACACCGUGCUGUCUACUGAAGCCCUGCAGUACGAAUUUGAAGCCUUUAUUAUUACGGAGUAUGCCAACACGUGGUCUGAUGUAAAAUUUACAGUCGGCUCCAUCGCAGAAGGCAGCAUUGUUGUGACAUUCACCAUCCAAGGAAAUGCUUCUCAUGUCAGCGAAACAGCCUUCGAUCUAUGUGAUAGCAUCUUCAACAAGACAGAGUACGGUUUUAACGGCUAUCAGCUGACCCUGGCCCCGUACAUGUCAGUGAAUGGGUCGACCUACUACGGCGUCAAGUGUGGUGAACUGUCUGACGAUGAAGACGACGGGUUUGCUGCUUGGAAGAUCGCUGUUAUUGUGGUCUGCUGUGUACUAGCAGUGAUCGGGAUUGCGGUGUUGGUGGUUUUCUGUGUCUCCAAACACAACUCGAGCAAGCAUGAUUUGACUCGGGGAACGAUCUAUCCACCAAACGACGACACUGUGGACUUCUACAAACAGGACACGUUCACGAGCAUGAAAUUCAAAGCUCCAUUGGCAACGCAUCUGUCCGCCGACAAUAAAGGAAAACGCCCGAUGUCGUCUUUCUCUGUACGUGUAAACGACUCCAUUAUUGGAUCUAACACAGACCUCAAGGACAAGAAUGACUCGUACAUGGCGUCCCUCUCCCCACCGCCGGCGUACUACGAGCCUCCAGCCGCCCGCACGCCAAGCCCGCGUUCUACCUCCCCGCGGCUCAAUCGCUCUAACCGCGUGUCUCCAGUCGGCGACAUGGGAGGAAGCGAGCCACCCGAGGGUAGGAAACUCUACCACGGGGAGUACCUGUCGACACCUGAACCCUUCGAAUUCACCCGCCCACACCUCCCUGCUCCAAGCCCAACUUCGAGUCCGGCCCCCAGUCCCUAUCGUAGCAAGGUGCGUGUAGUGGACCCACUGAAAAAAAAGCCUAAAGCGAAGUCCGAGAGAGACUUUAUAUUCUAGUGUAUUUUCGUCUGACGCAAAGCAAGAUUAGCAUGGGGGGUUUGACGGACUGUCGUUUUAAAGAGGAAUGUAUAAAAGUUUACGAGUUAUUGUCUUAUGUAAUGUGUGAUUCAAAUCUCUGUAUAUUAUAGACAUGUUUUGCAGUUGACAAGUCGACCUCAUUGUCCAUAUAUGGAGACCUGUAUAAUAGUUGUUUGUUGUUUAUGUAACCAUUCUAUUGUCUGACAGUCUAACAUGGUUAAAAAAAAUCCAAUAUCUUUUAAGGUUUUCCGGCGUGCGUAGGUUUACUAACUUUAGUAAGAGUCUUACACAGUCUAAAAGCCGUUUGAAGGACCAAGACAUAAAAUGUUUAAAAAAAUGUCUUUUUAAGUUUUGAGGUUCAAUAUUGAGAAAACAUAAUACAUAAUCUGUUGCAACAUGUGUAGGUGUAAUAAGGAGUUGAGCAAAUAUCACGAACUAUUUUUUUAUCAGAUUUCGAAUAAAAAGCAUUUGCAUUUUCUCGGAAAUGUCGAUAUACCAAAUGUAUUUUUGUGUCAAAUAGUCAACACUAUUGCAGUGUUUUAAAGAAAGAUAUUUGCAUUUUUGUAACCAGGAAAUUAAUUAAAUCUUCAUUUUUUGUCAUUAUUUUAUUGAAAAUAUUUCUUUUUUGAAUAUAUAUAUAUAUAUUUCAUAGAAACCACAAAACAUUGUUGAUUGGGUGAUCUGAGGCAUGUUGGCACAAACACAUUUUUAAAUUGUCUGACAGACUUCUGAAAAAUUGCUUUCGCUUUUUAAUCUAAAUCUAAAACCUUCUUUCGGACAAUUCAGUCAACUCCUUACUACCACUAAACAUGUAACAAAGGAUGUAUGUUUUAUUCUUGCAAAAGAUUGUUCCUCAAAACUAAAUGAAACAAAAACUGUUUGCUUAAGUUGUUUGGCCUCCCUGCCAACUUAUGCAAUGUGGAAGGCCCUUACUGUAACACAUUCAUUAAUUUGUUUUAAUUUUAUAUUUGUUUAACAAUACAACUACUUCUGACUCCAUGAUUCCAUCGGUUUCUGUAUUAUUCAUUUCUAAUAUUCGCGUAUGAUCUAAUGUUAACAACUCAUUAUAAAAGUAUUGCCUGAUAAUGUUUCUUUAGAUUACUCACGACCUGUGCGAGACGGGCGAUAUAAGUACAUUUGUAUUUUAAAAUCAUCAUACUUGUUGUGAAAGUUGUUGUUGAUAUAGCAAGAGGAUGUGAUGUAGCGAGAUGCUGUGAUGUAGCAAGAUGCUGUGAUCUAGCGAGAGGGUGUGAUGUAGCUGUAUUGUGAUAUUCUUGUUUAAAAUGGCAAUAUCUCUGUUAUUCUAAUGUUCUAGAAUCUGUACUGUUUGUCCUUUCAAAAAUAUAUACUUUCGUGCUAUUUAUUAGUUAGAGCAAAUAAAAGUCUUUGAAAGAUU